AUGGAGAUUCACAACUCUGAACCUAACUUAAUUGAAACCAACAUUAGAUACGUAUUACCGCACAAAAAAUAUAAAUAUGAAACAAACCAACAACGCCGAAAACGUGUACGUAAAAUUUUAAUAAAUCGUUUGAAAAAAUUACUCGAUGAAUACACGAUUCGAUGUGGACAACAAAUAAGUAUUAUAACAUGUAAUUCAUCCGAGAAAAAUUUACAAGUAUUUGGAGCAGAGCCUUUGAAAAGUUCCAUCGAAGCAAAUAGUGAACAAAAAACAAUUGAUGAAUUAACACUUGCUAAUUUACGCCAAUUUAUACCGAUAAUGUUGAAAUGUGCAACUGGUCGUAGUAAACCUUACUGGGGAAAACCUGAUAUGAAACCUGAAUGGUGGCCAGAUAUUGCACCAUGGGCGGAUGUACGAACAGAUGGACGGACUACACAAGCAAAGGAAACAAUACCAUGGAAAACAGUUUUGAAAGAAGUUGUUAAAAGUUGUUACCGAUUUUAUAAUGAAGAGAAUCUUUUGUACGUUGAAAAUGUACCAAAAAUAAUGACACCUACACUUGAAUUUAAACCUGAAGCACCUAAUAAUGAACUUCCAUAUUUUUACGUACUCCCUACGGAUGACAAUACCGAAAAUGUGGAAAAUAUUUUGGAUUUGACUGAAGUAGUAAAUUAUUGUCAGGAAAAUCAAAUUGAUUCAUUUAUAAUUGAAGCCCUGGAUGAAGAUGUUGUUGCUACAGCUUAG